AUGCGGUUCUCAACUGUACUCCCUCUGUUUGCUGCGGCUGCCUUUGCGCAGAACAGCUCGUCUCUUGGACCUGACAAGGACGGCAAGUACACGAUCUCGUCUGAGGGUAUCCGUGGUCACUUUAUCCCAUAUGGCGCGUCCGUCUCCAAUCUGUUCGUCAAGGGCAAGGAUGGUGUUGAGCGCGAUAUCGUUCUCGGCUUCGACAACGCGACUGCAUACGAGGGUGAGGUUCAUCCCCAUUUUGGUGGUGUGCCCGGUCGUUACGCCAAUCGUAUUCGAAACUCUACCUUUUCCAUUGACGGCGAGACCUUCCACAUCGAGCCCAAUGAGAACAACAACAACGACACUCUUCACGGUGGACCAGACGGAUGGGACUACCGCAACUUCACCGUUGUGUCGCAGACCCAAGAGUCCAUCACCUUUUCUAUUGUCGAUCCUGACGGCAAGGAAGGCUUUCCUGGUGAGGUCGUGAGCUACGUCACCUACACCAUGACCCCAUACACCUGGAACAUCAAGAUUGUGGCUCUUGCUACCACCAAGAAGACACCCAUCAUGCUGACUUCCCACACUUACUGGAAUUUGGAUGGAUUUGGCAACCCUGAUGAUGAGACCGCGCUAAACCACACUUUCCACAUCCCCUACUCUGGCCAACGUAUGGAUGUGGAUAAUAUUCUCAUCCCUACCGGCACUAUCCUUCCUAACGAGCAAUACUCAGUCAACGACUUCUGGUCGGCUCCCAAGCAGAUCGGCGCCAACCAGACUGCGCCCGAGCUUCUUGGCAACUGCGGCUUCAACUGCACUGGUUACGAUACCUGCUACCUUGUCAACCGCAACCAAGCUGAGACUCUGGACUGGCGCAACUCUGGACCUGUCGCUUCUUUGUCUAGUGAGUGGUCUGGUAUCAAGCUCGACAUCUACUCCGACCAAGAGGCUUUCCAGAUGUACAGCUGCCCCGGCCAAGAUGGUACCAUUCCCAUCAAGUCUACUCAAGGCGCUGAGGGAGGCAGUGGAUUGGUCCCCAAGUACGGCUGCAUUGUCAUGGAGGUCCAGGACUGGAUCGACGCUAUCAACCACCCUGAAUGGAUGCGUGAAGACAGGCAGAUUUUCGGCCCCGCUAGCCCAGCUUACACGCUCGAGGCUGAGUAUGUCUUCUCCACCACGGAGUAG